AAAAGGAACCUCAAUCAGUUUAAACUUUUUCGUUUAAUCGCUUCUACAGAUAAGACCGGUGGUUGUACCCCAUUUCUGGGUUUGCUUUUUCCCGCACGAUUCUCUGGGACAUCAGUACUAGUUUGGAGUUUCAAGGAUAUUGCCUAUUCUUGAAUUUUAUUUAUCAAGUGUUGGUGAAUGGGGUCAGAAGGGCCUCCAGCUGUAACGUUCCAUGUGACUGGGUUUAAGAAAUUUCAUGGAGUUUCGGAAAAUCCGGCUGAGACAAUUGUCAGUAAUUUGAAAGAGCAUUUGAAGAGGAACGGUUCGCCAAAGGGGGUGAUUCUUGGUAGUUGUACGAUUCUCGAGACUGCAGGCCAGGGAGCUCUUGUUCCUUUGUAUCAGACAUUACAAUCUGCUGUGAGCAAGGACGCCGAACCAUCGAAUUUUUCCAAAAUCAUUCUGUUACAUUUUGGAGUUAAUAGCGGGGCCACAAGAUUUGCUAUUGAGCAUCAAGCUGUAAAUGAAGCUACAUUCCGCUGCCCUGAUGAGAUGGGAUGGAAGCCUCAGAAAGUUCCUAUUAUUCCUGCAGAUGGCGGAAUUUCAAAGGCACGGAAGACAUGUCUUCCUGUGGAUGAGAUAACCAAAUCCUUAGCAAAGAUGGGUUAUGACGUGGUGACCUCUGAUGAUGCUGGCCGCUUUGUCUGCAAUUACGUAUACUAUCAUUCUCUUCGGUUUGCAGAACAAAAUGGGAUAAAAACCGUGUUUGUACACGUUCCCCUCUUCCUAACAAUCGAUGAGGAUACCCAAAUGCAAUUUGUUGCUUCCUUAUUGGAGGUACUUGCUUCUUUAUAUUAGAAACUAUUAUUGUCUGUCUAUCUGUCGUGAAUCCUUUCCACUUCCACUUCCCUUUCCCUUCCCCUUCUCUUGUUGGCCUGUCGAAAAGGUCUACUGUUGUUAUUCUAAUAAUCGGGUUACAUCGGAUUGUGUUGAAUUUCCAUGUACUGCAUCUGCUUGUUUCUUCUGUUGUUAUAUUUCAAAAGUUGUGAAUAUUAUUUAAGCCAUUGUGGUUCA